CGUCUUGAUGCGUCGCCGUAAACAACUCUUCGCCAGCGGUAGAAUUGCGCGGUUUAUAUCUCUCACGACGCGUUGUGGGGCGAGACGAGGGCGCCGGGGAUUCUUGCGCGUCCGCCUGUACGCUUUGCCAAGGCCCGAGGAAUCCUAGGUAGAGGAGGAGGAGACAAAGGGGAGUGGUAAGAGGGGCAAGCCUUCUGGAGCGAGCAGCAAUGACGUCGAGGAGCAAGUCAAAGAAGGAGCUGGAGGAGGAGAAGAAGCGCCAAGAGGAGGAGGCAGCUGCUCAGGCUUACGAGGAAUUUGUAGCUACCUUUGAGGAAACACCAGUACAAAAAGGGAAAAUAUGGGUAAAAGCAGGAACCUUCGAUGCUGGAUCCAGGAAGGAGGACACAAAGGAGAAGGGGAAGAUCUACAAGCCAACAUCGAAACUUGCCGAGCUGGCAGAGAAGUUCUCAAGCGCUGAGAAGGCUGCACAGUACUUGACAACCAACAAAGUAGAGAGGGACAAGCCAGAGAGACCGGGCAAAAAGAAAGAAAAAGAGAAGAAGAAGAGUAAUUUGGAACUCUUCAAGGAGGAGCUGAAGAUGAUACAAGAGGAGCGUGCAGAGCGCCAUCGCAUUAAAAAUAUGUACCAGACUCGGGAAUCUGGCAAAAGCAGUCGCUUUGAAGCACCCGAGCCCAAAAUCCCUGGAUUUCUUGAUGACCCAAAGAUUGGGAGUUUUGACCCUGGAGAUCCGACCACAACCAACUUGUACCUGGGAAACCUCAGUCCAAAGAUCACAGAACAGCGGCUAAUGGAGUUGUUUGGAAGAUACGGACCACUGGCUUCCAUAAAGAUCAUGUGGCCCAGAACAGAUGAUGAACGGAACAGGGGAAGAAAUUGCGGGUUUGUUGCCUUCAUGAACAGGAAAGAUGGAGAGAGAGCAUUAUCAGCAUUAAAUGGAAAAGAUAUAGAUGGAUUUGAAAUGAAACUUGGCUGGGGUAAAGCUGUACCCAUUCCUCUCCACCCAAUAUACAUCCCUCCAGCACUCGUAGAGUUGACCUUGCCUCCACCCCCUUCAGGUUUACCCUUCAAUGCUCAACCUGAUAAGAGAGAUAGAGACAAGGUGCCACCAGUUGGAACGUCACUUCCCACAGAAGGCUCUGAGAAAGAAGAUAUGGACAAGAUUUUACAAAGGGCUGUUGUCAAAGUGGUUAUCCCAACAGAAAGGUCGUUACUGCAGUUGAUACACCGCACUAUAGAAUUCAUAGUGCGAGAGGGGCCUAUGUUUGAAGCCAUGAUCAUGAACAGAGAGAUUAAUAACCCAGAGUUCAGGUUCCUCUUUGAGAAUCAGAGCCCAGCACAUGUAUACUAUAGAUGGAAGCUGUUUUCAAUGUUGCAAGGAGACUCGCCAAACAGGUGGUCAACCAAACCCUUCCGAAUGUUUAAAGGUGGGUCAAUAUGGAAGCCUCCACCUCUUAAUCCAUUCUUACAAGGGAUGCCUGAGGAACUGAUCCAGAUGGAGGAAGAGGAGGAAGACAAAAAUAAAAAGGGAUCUCUCUCUAAUGCACCGGCAUUCUUCAACAGACAAAGAGGUCGGCUGGAGUCCAUGAUCCGGCAGUUGGUCCCGGAGAGAGAGAAGAUUGGUGAGGCCAUGGUGUGGUGCAUAGAGCAUGCAGAUGCAGCGGAGGAGAUCUGCCAGUGCAUCACUGAGGCACUUACUAAUACAGAAACCGCUUUACCGAAGAAAAUUGCAAGAUUGUAUCUCGUCUCUGACAUUCUGCAUAACUGUAGUGUCAAAGUGUCAAAUGCCUCGUUUUAUAGGAAAGGGUUCCAAGCCAAACUAGCAGAAAUCUUUGAAGGUCUGCAUGUCUCGUACAACUUAGUGGAGUCGAGGCUGCGUGCCGAGCAGGUAAAACAGCGCAUCAUGCAGUGCUGCCGUGCGUGGGAGGAAUGGGCCAUAUAUCCUCACGAGUUCCUGAUCCACCUCCAAAAUAUAUUUUUAGGACUUGUCAAGAGAGAACCUGAAAGUGAAAUGGAAGAAGAAAUGCUCAAGUGUGUGAUGAACGAUGCUCCCAUGAGUGCAGAUGAUGUGGAUGGCAUUCCUAUAGAUGAUGUCGAUGGCAUUCCUAUCAAGGAGGAGGACAAAGAAGACCUGGAUGGCAUACCAAUUGCCAACACUCCCCUGAUCAAAAGUGCUGCAAUAAGUGCGCUACUUGGGUACGAUGACGACGACGAUGAGGAGGAUAUCGAUGGUGCUCCAUUGGAUGAUGAUGUGGAUGGCAUUCCUUUCAAAGAGGCUCCUAUAUCAGACAAUGGUCCUGCACCUGGAUUUGUUUCCUCCAAGUGGGAAAGGGUUAGUCCAAAACGUGUAGAAGCUCAGGCUGUAACCACUUCAAAGUGGGAAAUGGUGGAAGCCAAUCCGAGUGAAGACGAGGAGGCAAAUGGUUCAGACAACACCCCUGUAUAUGAUCGAUCAGGACCGCACACGCAGCUGAGCCAAAAUAGUCAUGAUGAAGACGAUUUAGAUGGUGUUCCUCUCGUAUAUGAUGACUAUAAACGCAAAAAGAGAGAUUCCUCCGAAGAUGAUUCACAGUCUCAGGAUAACACCUCUGAUUACUCUGAAGACUCGAGAGGAUUUGAUAGACUGCAAGGGGACGUCAGUGAAGAACGCCGUGCCAAGCUCCGUGAGGUAGAAAUACGUGUACUCCAGUACCAAGACGAAUUAGAACAGGGUAUUCGCUCCGUUAAGCAGGGAUACUCCAUCCACAGACAGGUUGCACACUACCGCCACAAGAUGAUGAGAAAGGACAUGAAAUAUAAGGAUUCCAAUUUGCAGAUUGAGAGGGAAGAUGGUAGUGAAAGAAGACAUCACCGGCACAGAAGUCGGAGCUCGUCACCAGAGGAGAGGAGACCCACAAAGCGCUCCAGAUCGCCACACAAGUCCCGUCACCGCACACACUCCAGAUCCCCUAGUUCCAGGAGACACAGGUCAAGAUCUCCACGGAAACGAACAUCCCAUUCGCGGUCCCCUAGUCGCAAGCACAAGAAAAAGAGCCGCCAUUAGUGUAGCAACUAUAAAACCUUUGCUGUGGGGGAAAAUGAUAUACAGUAUUUAAAAAUAAAAAAAUAAGAUGGCUGCCAUUUUUGAUUUCAUUAUUAUUUGGUCUUUCUCUUUCUUUUCUUUUUUUUUUUCUUUUUUUUAUCUGUUUUGAUUGAUAACCUCAUUUUUUGGUAAUCUUUUUAUUACCUCAAAAAAUAUUGUAAAAAUAGAGCAAAACAUUCUCUGGUCUUGAUCUUGUUAUUUUAUCAUUUGGCUUUUGGGGAAUUUGGCAGAUUGAAAUAGCUACUAUGGAGCUAUGAAUAGGCAAUACAUAGAACAAUCACAAAAUUUGCAGUACACACCAUUAAGACAACCUUUUCUUUUCUUUUCUGCAAAUUCUAUCAUUUAAAAUGUGAAAAAAAAAAAUAAAGACUAUGAAAUAUU